AUGGACACAAAUGAUAUGAUUGUGAGGCGAAGACAUGCCAACGCUGUCGCCAACACUCACUUUACUUCACAAACCAAUGACACCACUCAUGAUACGAUAAGUGAUGACCAUCAGGAUGAAAACAAGUCUCUUCACCAUAGGUUUCAUGCAUUUCACUAUUACUUCAACUAUUAUCUCUACGUUGGUGUGAAUGCCAUCCGAUCCGUCAUUUACCGGCUAACGGGUGGCCGAAGUGUUGAUCCCACGAAACGGAUUAUCAAUAAUUUGCUCCAAAAGUUCCCUUUCGAUGAAUUGCAGUCACUUUCAGUCGAAGAACUUUUCGACAAGACUUUGGCUGACAAUGAGUUCGAGUCGGCCCUCGAGUUGGCCAUCACUUAUGGCUUCGACUGCGAUGUCGUGUAUCAGCGGAUGUGGAGGAAGACACCCAUCACUCGACAGACAAUCGACGAGUCGUUGAGUAAAAUAUCCAAACAGUUGUGGAUUUUGAGGGAAUGUGUUGAAUGUGUGGCACAAGACUUGGAUUCAAUGAAAUAUUUACUCCAAUUUGGUCUCAAUAUCACCACUUGUGACAAAUUCGUCACUCAUUUCUACUCUCGAAUCCAAUCGCAAGACAAACACAAAGAUGGAGACAAUGAGGCGACUGAUGAGGAGGUGAUGACUGCGAGAGACAUAAUGGAGAGUGAAAUGGAUUGGAAUGACAUGUCUUUGGAGUCAAAGCAGGUCUGCAUUUGGAGAAGACGUCUCUUGCAAUACAUGGAUCGCCUCAAUGUCUAUGAAAUGGUAUUGAGUUAUAGGGAUGUCAACGACAUUAACAGCAAAUAUAACCAUAAGUUUUAUCAAAUAUUCCGCGAAAUGUCUUCACUGGAAGCGUCCGUCUAUUUUGCCCGUAAUGCCGAUUAUAACGCGGUUUCCAUUCUCUUGACCUAUGAAUCGGCGGAUCUGUUGGAUCACCGGUUAGUGAUUCUGUCGAAUAUCGACGAAACCCUUAGCCCUAAGAGGUAUACAUCGCUUCUGCCGAAAGUGGUUUCGCCGAAAGUCAAAGGCUAUGAAGUCUACGAUUGGAACCAAAUAUUGUUGAGAGAAGAGGAUUGGGUUGAGAGUCGGUUCCCUUCGGUCUUCACGACAAACACCACUCAAUUUGAGUCCGAAUUUUAUUCCGAAAACACAAGUCUUUUGAGAUAUAAAAGCAAUCGUUUGUCGAAAUCAUUGCUAACGCAAUGGUAUUUAGAAAGAAGUCGACAAAUAUUGUCAUUGACUUCCAUUGUGAUGAAUGCUCUCGAUUUGGUUGAUAUUGGGAUCAAACACAUGGUUCCAAAUCUGGAGAAACUUUAUUCAGAUCUCGAUAUCUUUGCGUUAAUUGUUUACGAAUCCAAAUACGAAGAAGAGAUUGAAUUUGAAGAUUUCGAGAACUAUUCCAAUAAACAGAAAAUCGAUGUUUUAAUGAGUGGAGCGCUUGAAAGUGAUGAACACUUCUUGAGUUUUGUUGAGAAAUAUCUCAAAGUCUUCAUCGCAAAGGUCUGCAAAGAAGAUCCAAAACAAAUGCAAACUAUUGGAAGAGAACUGUUUAAAGAUUAUUUGAUUUCUGUGGCCAAAAGUGAUUUAAACUUUUGUCUCAAAGUGUUUGAAAAUUCGAGUUUAAGUAACACUUCCAUCGAAAGAUCCAAACAAAACACUUUGAUUGAAGAGCCGUCCGAUUUGAUUGAGUUUGCAAUCGAUUGUAUUUAUGCGUCCGAAGACCCCAACCAACUGGAGGUGUGCUUUCAAAUCAUGGAAUGUCUGCCACAACCAGAUAUGGUUCCACUCAUUGCUAAUAACGAUAUCAAUCAGAUUAAGCGUUUGAAUGAAUUGAAUGGUUUGGCGGAUAAACUCGAGAUCUAUUUGGUCGCCGCAGAGAUUAUCGAGCAGUACGACUGUCCGCCAACUAUUAGCCAAAUACGAGAUCUUGAAGUCACUACUGAUAGGGAAGGAGUGAAGCAUUUGUUUACUCGAAUUACUCGAAAUUGUGCUAAAAGUGAUAAACCAUUGUCUGUGAAUGAAUGGAUGGAAACGUUUAAGAGUUUAGAAGAAGUGCGCAAAACAUGUCUGAAGGACUGCAUAACUGAAGACCAAUUGUUUGAAGUCUUCGUCCAGACAUUGCUCUGUUCGGCCAGAAAAGAGAACUUCGGUUUAGCGGCCGGUUAUCUUCAGCUGAACUCUGAGACCAAAUACAAGAAAAAAGUGGUUCCCUUUCAGAAGACCAAAAAACUGCUGAUAAGUGCGGCCCAGGAGUACAUCAAUUCAUCGGAUUCGGCGAAUGACUACAACAUAGUGUUAGCCAAAGAAUGUCUUCAACUGAUCGAUGAAAGGGAACAACAAAAGGAUGCAUUGAUUAGUGAAGAACUGAAUUUAAUUGAAAGCUUGCAUUUGAUUGAAGACAACUUCGAUCUGAAACUAUUGCCGAUCCAAAUACGACUCAUUCCUCAGCCAAGACUUGAAUUGAUUGAAAAGAUCCUGAAAUCGUCAUCAAAAGCGUAUCAAAAGACAUUAAAAAUACUGAAAAUAUCACAACUUCUCAAAGUUUGCAGUGAUUUCGACAGCGAUUACAGAAACGGAACCGUUUUGUCGUUGUGUGCAAACGUGGCCUUAGAUUCAAAAGACUUCAAACACUGUUUCAAUUCGUGCGAACAGAUUAUGAAAAACAAUUACACCGUCGGUUGGAAAGCCAGGCGUUCAUCGGAUUCGUUGCGUUUCCAACGGAUUGCCAAACAGUAUCUCUAUUUGAAAGACAAACAUUUGGUUGAAUUGGUGGCCAAUCACUUGAGUGAUGACCUCCCAAAUGACAACUCUGUUAUCUUCGAGUCCAGCCCUGGAACCGCUCUCCUCACCAAACAUCUACUCAAAAGUGGCGCUCAAAAGGUACGGGUCUUCGAAGACAAUCCAAUAUUUUUGGAUAAACUUAAAAUAAUAAAUAUACCGAAUCUUCUCUACAAAGACGUGGACUCUGGCGAAGACAUCAACAGUUGGUUCAGUGGUAUACCAGUCAGAGAUUGGAGGUCUGAGCCGACCAUCAAAUUUGUGUCCGUCUUAUCUCCCAUUAAUUCAACUCUUUUCAUGCGUUUUGUAAUCAAACAAUUGCUGCGAAAGGAUCUGUUCUUCAAUUGCGGAAGAACUCAGUUCUUAGUGUUUGUGUCACAGAAGGAGUACAAGUAUAUGAGUGCCACACCUGACAGCCAGUACAGGACAUACCGAUCCAUAAGUGUUAUCUAUAACACACUCUUCGAUGUCGAGAAACUCGAAACUAUUCCUUACUCUCGAUUCGGCUUUUAUUCUGACUCUGAAUCCAAUCGAAAGGAACCAAAAUUUGAAGGAAACUCACUACUCGUUCGCUUGACUCCGAAGCCAUAUUUGGAUGAAUUAGACGGUCAGACACUUCAGGAUUACUACUAUUUCGUGACACAAACCUUCAUGAAGAGGAAGAAUUGGAUCAUUCCUUUCUUAGAGAAUUGGUUCCCAAACUGUGGUCCAGAUUUGAUCAAAAAAGGAAUUCCUGUUUUCAAAUAUUUCGGUGAUUUGAGGGCCGAAGAAGUUUUAGAUCUUUUUAAAUACUUCUACAAUAGAAGUGAUUACAAUAACUCCAUUUAUAAGACUUUCGCCACAAAUGAUAUCUUUGACAACGAAUUCGAAACGCAAGACAUUAAAGAAGAUGAUGAAGAGGUGGACACCAAAGACAAGGAAGAGCUCAUCGAUAAUGAGAUAUGA